AUGGAAAGUGUGAGUGAACUUCAGAAUCCUCUGUUGGCCAAGAACGAUGGACAUUUUCAUGGCAGUUACACUUACCACCAGGAUUAUCCUGGCCACCGUUGCCAGGGUAAACUAUACUCCUACAUCUUCCAAAAUUCUGGCAAUGCAAGGACUCACCAGCUGCUGGAUGCUAGUUCUCUUCAGCUAGCUGUUGAAGCAUUGUAUGGCCCAAAUUUCAUCCUGGUGAAGGAUGAGGCCAAUGUCAAAGUCAAGGACAACAAAGGUGAAAGCUGUGAGACAACCUUCAUGGGAAAUAAAGAACAUCCCACUGAGGCCUCUGUUGCACAGGAAACACAAGGGCGGGCCCUAAUGGAAAAUGAUAUCAAAAUCCAGACAGUGUCCUAUGAAGUGGAGGAAGAGGAAUUGCAGGAAUAUGAGAGUGACUCUUCGAGUGACAGCGAGAGUGAAGAUCAUUUUCUUAUGCUUCCCCCACGAGACCACCUAGGCUUGGCUAUUUUUUCAAUGCUUUGCUGUUUCUGGCCUCUGGGAAUUGCUGCCUUCUACUUUUCUCAAGGGACAAGUAAGGCCAUCUCCAAGGGGGACUUUCACCUGGCAAGCUCAGCUUCCCGGCGAGCACUAUUCCUUGCUGCCCUCUCCAUCACCAUCGGCACAGGGGUGUAUGUUGGAGUGAUUGUAGCACUGAUUGCUUACCUAUCUAAAGGUGGCCAUGUAUAG